UAGAGAUGUGCGAUGAUGGUGUUCACCUAGUUCGUGUUCGCGCUCGCUCUCACCUGCUGCGCGCGUUCCUGCUGGCCGAUGGACGGUCGCAGGUGGGGAAUCAAGUUUUGUUUGGUAACCGACUCACUCUGCGCUUAGUUGAGUUGGAAGUGGCGGCGAUGCAAACGCGCAGCGCAACAACAACAAAUCUAUCGGAUAACGAAGACCAAAGAAGACAUAAAAUUGCAAUUAAACUCUACAAAACACAGAACAACCAAAAAUGUUUAAGCGGAUCUUAAACGUUAUAAAAAUAUGUGUAAAAUAAAAUAAAUCCAUGAAACUCUGCGGUUUCAAUCGAAUAACAUCAAAGUUUCAUAUUUUUACUGCGGUUUAAUGAAAAUGUGAUUAUAAUAAAUGCGAUGAAUAAUUUAUGUGAAAUUAGAUAACAUGCAAUCAAUAACGAACGUAAUACGGCGAUAGUUGAAGUGUGUAGUUUCUUGUAAUUAAACUAAAUGUGUAUUUAAGUGCGUUUGAGUGUGCGUCCAGGUGCGUUUGUACGUUGUAAUCGAUUACAGUCAAAAUUGUGCGCAUUGAAGAAAGGAAUGCGAAAUAUAUUUUGGAUGCGAAUGUGAACGAAAGUGAAACCGCCUGCUGCGUUCGAAAGUUCAUCGGCGGACGCGCGGCACACGCGCGCAACAUGCUGCAGGAAUCGUCGCCCGCGGACGACGCGCCAGCGUAACACCCGAAAACUCGCUCGGACACGCCAUCACGCGACCACCGAGUCCAAGGCAGCAAGAAGAAAGGUGAAAUUUGUUCAUACCAAAGAGGAUUAAGGCAUGCCUGCAAUCCGCCUGUUCGGCAGGAAGUGGCUGGCCGCCUCGGAUGAUUUAGUCAUACCCGGUUUGUUCGAGAUCUUCGUCCGAUUACUAUGGCUAAUAUUAAUAGCGAUAGUCUACACGAAAUACUACGAGAACACAUGGGAAUGCGCCGCUGGCGGCGAAUAUGUCCGGACGUACAUAAUUGGCAUGAUGUCGCUGUUAAGCGCGGUUAUCCUCGUCCUGGUGGCGUUGGUCAACCGCAGCGCGCAAGGAUCCAUCACCGACACAGACGCCCGCCGUCAUGUACCGCCAAUACUCAUCGUCAAACUAUUCCUGAUUGUACCUGAAUGUGUCCUGAAUGUCUUCGGCACUAUGUGGGCAUUCUGUCGAGAUGUCGUCGUGUGUCCCUAUGAGGGACAUUUUUCACGCACUGUCAUUGAAGGAAUGGUCGUUUUUAACUGGGCAUUAUUUGGUCUGGCCAUUUUUGGCUUAGCCCUAAUCUUCGACCCUCUUGGUUCUCGGCGGUAUCAAGACGCACAAGAAACGCCCUCCGCUGGAGAAUCUCUCCGCCACAAAAAAGUCACAUCCCUGUGGCAAAAACGCUUCCGCUGGCUGUUUUGCUGGGUGCGCAGCGACGAGCACGGCCACGAGGCGUUCCAACAAGUUGCCGCGUUGCUAAGCGCCCUCUUCCGCAGUACGGAUCUCGUCCCCUCGGACAUCCUUGCCGGAUGCGUGCUGUUGCGCGUCAAACAAAAACGCGAAACGCGUGAAAAACGCCGACUGCAGAUGCUCACCGAUGACGAGCCGAAAUACUCCACUGACCUGAAUAGAGUAUUCACUGUUGCUCCGAAAUGGAUGAAUUUGGAGCACGCGCGCCAUUUUCUGAGACUAUCAAUGGCUGCCUACGGGUGGCCCUUUGUCAUGUACAGAUAUUGCGCGACAGGGUUUUUUAGACUCAUGACCAAAGUCACGUGUUGCUCGUGCUUCCGGCGGAAGAGCACCGUUGUGAUUGAGGAUAACUGUUGUCUUUGUCAUCUGGCAGGAGUGAAGUACGUCUCGAAGAUUAGAGAAGAGGAUAUUCUGUUUGCAUCGUUCCGGAAUCAUAUUUUUGAAUUGCCAUUUUGUGUAAUUGCCGAUCACAAAACAUCCAAUAUCGUCAUUGCAAUUCGUGGCUCAAUAUCCUUAAGGGAUGUUUUUACCGAUUUGACAGCUACAGCUGAUAAAUUUGAAGCUGAAGGAUUUCCGGCCAUGAUGGCGCAUAAAGGCAUGAUUGUAGGAGCAGAGUUUAUUGCCAAACGCCUGCGGCAAGUUGGAAUUUUAAACAAAGCAUUGGCAAAAUAUCCAGAAUAUGGGCUAAUUAUCACUGGACACAGUUUAGGAGCUGGGGUUGCAGCAUUGCUCGCAAUUAAAAUCCGCCCUUUAUAUCCGGAAGUUAAAGUCUAUGCUUUUGCAACGCCAGCUGGAGUUCUCAACCGUGACGCUGCGAAACUCACAGAAAGUUUCAUCUUUACUGUUGGAGUUGGUGACGACUUUGUUAUGCGUUUGGGAGUUGACAGCGCCGAAAAUAUUCGGACGGGGAUUAUACAAACGUUACAUGCUAGUCGAUUACCUAAAUAUCGAAUAUUGCUCAAUGGUUGUGGAUACGCACUCUUUGGAGUUCCUCCAGGUGAUUUAGAAACAACAUGGCGGGAUGAUGCAGUUUUAUCCUCUCCGGGGUUAUCACCUCUCUUAGGACGCAAUAAUAUUUCAACUAUUGCAGCUACAACUGAAGCAAAUUUUCUUUCAAGUGACAUUUCAGUGCGGCGGUUUUCCAAAACCAGGCUGUACACACCUGGAAGAAUUCUGCAUAUUGUCAGUCGAAAGAAAACAAGACAAGAACGGAAAGCAGGCACUGGUGGCCCAACUUAUGAAAUGCGAUGGGCAACGCCCGAAGACUUUAUGGAUUUGAAGGUGAUGCCACGAAUGUUGCUGGAUCACCUUCCCGAAAAUAUCUACCAGACAAUCGACACCAUCCUACGGGAACAACGAGAUGAUUCUAGUGAAAUCAUCUAGAUGUAGAUUCUAUUUUUUUGCUAGUGCUAGAUACAAGGAACAAAUCUAACAAUACUAGGCUAGAAUUGACCUAUCUACAAUAUUGAAUACAGAAACAUAUUUUUUAUGUGUAUUUUCUGGAUGUAUCAAGGAAUUUCUUAAAUUUUUUGAACGUGGAUGAAUCUCUAAAGUGAAACUCGAAAGCAAUUUUGAAUUUGAUGUUAUUUGCUCAAAUUUACAACAACUUACUUACUUAAAUGAUGAUCAAAUUUUAGACUUUGUGCAUUUUGUGUGCAUUUAUUAGUUUUUACACUCCAAAUAUCGUAUGAUUCCGACCGGGUUGGACCUCAUCGAAUCAAAUAUAAACCUGUGAUUUUCUUUUUAGAAAAGCAGUCUCGAGGGUGUGCUUUCAAAUUGUAUGGCGAUUUGAUGUGACUUAAGAGUAGAUAGACGAAUGGACGUCCUCGAACCAACAGAUGAUAAUCUAUUUUAGUCUACGAUAUUUAUAAAAAUAAUCUAAAACACAUACGUAAGGAAAUCUACGUGUAUUUUAUUGACAUUGAAGAUAUUGAAUGUACUUAUUGUGUAUAGUGUAACUAAUUGUCUGUAUAUUUUUUUAAAAAUCGAUUUAGAUCUAUGAUUAAGUGUUUUAUUUGGACGAUUAAAACAAUUAUCACCAAUCAUCAAAUUUA